AUGGCUCGUGGAGAUCGUCGAAGUACCCGCAAGGCUCGUCCACCUGCUAAAAAAGCUCGUGUCGAUGAUCCUUCUAUUACCAACGUUUCUGAGUCGGAGUUUAGCGACCCUGACGCCAGCAAUGACAGCACCACUAUGUCAGUUCCAGAGAGCGAGUUCUUUGAUGAUGAGGAGGAUGAGGAUUACGAUGUGAUUGAUGAACAAGAUGAAGCUCGGGUCUUAUCUCGCCUAGGUCGCCAGGGCUCGACGACCAAACCCGAAAAUGUUGCCCCCUCCGUAGCUGCCGGUGAGGACACCUCUGUAGUGCCCACUCCACGCGAUGAAUUUGGGGCCAAGGACCUGCGUUCUGUACUUAAACUUCGCCCCGAUCAUCCAACGCGCCCACUUUGGGUCGGUCCAGAUGGGCACAUCUUUCUUGAAACCUUUGGUCCGAUAGCCAGUCAGGCGCAAGACUUUCUUAUUGCCAUUGCGGAGCCCGUGUGCCGACCCGAGCAUAUACACGAGUACAAGCUAACUUCCUACUCUCUCUAUGCGGCUGUGUCCGUUGGUCUGCGAACCAAUGAGAUUGUAGGUUGCCUUCGUCGUCUCUGCAAGACGGAACUCCCCCCGGGAAUUGUUGCCUACAUCCGCUCUUGCACCCUCUCCUACGGCAAGGCCAAGUUGGUCCUUAAGGGCGGCCGCUUCUACGUAGAGAGCGCAUACAAAGGUUUCCUCAAGCGUCUAGCUAGCGACCCUGUAAUCAAACAGUGCCUUAUCCGUAACCCAAACGAAUCUGAUGACGGGAAGACAACAGAGGAGUUUGCAUUUCACACCUUCGAGAAUAAUUCCUCCACACCAAUCGCUCUGGGGGUGGAGUCCGCCACCUCCUCAUCAACUGUCAGCAAGGACGGGGUCGCAGCUGCAGACUCCUCUGGAAUGACAGAAAUACUCAAACUGUAUGCGGCGAUCGAUGCUGAGGAUGAUGAUAUAGAGGCAGAGGGAGUGAUGAUGGCUGGCCAAGGUGACGCAAACGUAGUUGGAUCAACCGGUGACGCGGAUGCUCUGAACCUCCGAGCAAUCGGUAUUGAGUCUACCGCGGAGGAUAAAGAAGAGGAGGAGGCUGUAAUUGGUGAGCGCAAUGCUGCAGGUAGUGGUGAGAACAAAGACGAACACGGUGGUGGACUGAGUGAAUCCCUUGGACGCACCUUAGCCAUCGAGGUGAAACAGGAGGACAUCGAGUUGUUGCAGAGACGCUGUGUAGAGCUUGAAGUGCCUCUUCUUGCAGAAUACGACUUCCGACAGGACAAGCUAAAUCGUGAUAUCAGCAUUGAUUUGCGAGCAAGCACCUCUCUGCGACCCUACCAAGAGAAAAGUCUACGCAAGAUGUUCGGCAAUGGGAGAGCCCGCUCGGGCGUUAUAGUUCUACCCUGCGGCGCCGGAAAGACAUUGGUGAGUAAACUACCUAUUUCGACUAGACUGUUCAAGAUUGACUUACUAUUGGUUGUGAUGUGUGCUUUCUCUUCCUUUGUGCCGCCAUCGACGCUAACUCUAAUCCUCAUCGGUCAUCCUAGCCGAAUGGUACUUGCUUGACAUCCCGUUCAUCGUCCUUGUUCUCCUGUUUGGACUAGCUUCAAUACUGGUUUAGUUGACUCCAGAGUUCACGGUCGUAGAGUUUCGUGUGAAUAUGGUACAGGCCUAGGUCUUAAUCUCGUCCGAACCCUACGGUCGAGGGUUAAGCAUUAUUGGGUGACAAGCAACACAUGAUAUUUCGUAUUGGCGCCUUGCUUUGUGACCGUUUUAUAGAUACCCGAUUUGCCGUUUCGGUGCUUAAUCAUGCCUGAGGUACGACCUCUGCAUUAUCCGUCAGAUUUGAGAGCCUGUUUAUUUCGCAACCAGCCUUCAUCGAAGGUUUCUUCACAAGAUAUUCUCUGUCCUAUCCUAAAUUAAUUUUCCUCUGUGGAAGGCAGCAUAUGCAUUCGUUGGAUAAAGAUGUAUAAUGUCAUGAUUUUAUCAGCCUAUCUUCAGCCCCUAUUUCAUUCCAGGUUGGCGUAACAGCAGCCUGCACCGUGCGCAAACCCACCCUCUGUUUGUGUACCAGCGGCGUUGCGGUCGAGCAGUGGCGAUCGCAAUUCAAGCUUUGGUCCACGGCCGAGGAUAGUCAGAUUUUGCGGUUCACCAGCGAUGCCAAAGAUCGACCCACUGCCAGUACCUGCAUCUGCAUCUCCACCUACUCAAUGAUUGCUCACUCUACGAAACGUUCCUACGAGGCCGAACGUCUCAUGGAGUGGAUGAAAAGCCAGGAAUGGGGAUUGAUGGUUCUGGACGAGGUAUGUCGCUUAUGCCUGGGUGAAGAACCCUUGCUCCCGUGUAUAUUUUUUGCCUGACGCGUAGAUCGCGAGUGCGGACGGCGACUGUAUCACGGAUCCCCAUUCUACUGUGGCUACUCUAAUCCCCGUUCUCUUUGGUAGUGGCCGCAAGUAACGACCCCUAUUGUCCUAGUUUUUUGAGUUUCGCACUUGUGUAGGACGUGGGGAGGUCGAUGCGACGAUUGGAUUGUCUGUCUGUCCAGUCUGCAUCGGCACCUGCACACAGUACCUCCAGUCUCAAAAGCUGAGUAGGCGGAUUCGCCACCUGAAACGUUAGAACACAAAUACACCUCCCGUUUCUGAUAACCCGUAGUUUUCUAUGGCGUUUCUGAGUUUCGAUAGGUGUACUUCCUUCGGUUCUGAAUCAGCCUCUUUUGACUUUUUCCUAACAGGUGCACACGAUCCCUGCCAAAAUGUUUCGCCGCGUUUUGACUCUUGUUCAAGCACACUGCAAGUUGGGACUGACGGCAACUCUUGUCCGCGAAGAUGACAAAAUCACCGAUUUGAAUUUUCUAAUCGGACCCAAGCUGUAUGAAGCCAACUGGCUAGAGCUUCAAAAACGCGGUUUUAUCGCCAAGGUUCAAUGUGCGGAAGUCUGGUGUCCUAUGACCUCUGAAUUCUAUCGCGAAUACCUGCAAGUAAGCACUCCCACUAUUCUUGGUAUGCCUCCUCCUCUCCCUCCUCCUCCCCCUCCUUCCCCCCCCCCGCCCCCUCCUCCCCUCAACCACCUACUUUCCCCUCCUCUCCCCACCGUCGCCGUCGUUUGUGGCACUCUUACGCAUGUUUCUCGUACUAGAUGAAAAGUAUGAAGAAGCAACUGCUUGCAGUGAUGAACCCCAACAAGUUCCGCGCCUGUCAAUACCUCAUUCGUUAUCACGAGCAGCGUAAUGACAAGAUAAUUGUCUUUUCUGACAAUGUCUUCGCCCUCAAAUACUAUGCAAAGGAGAUGGACCGGCCAUAUCUCUACGGUCCCACAAGUCAGACUGAACGAAUGCAGAUUCUGCAGAAUUUUCAGUACAAUGCUAAAGUAAGUGCUUCUGCGUAUUUUCUUCCUGCUUUUAAUUCAGCGUCGUUCCUGUUCAAUUUUGACUGCUUACAACGUAGUGCUGUCGGGCUAUAGGCCAUUUCUUUAUUUUCCAUUCGUACUCUCAUUAGCCGGGCUUCCCCUUCACUUUUCAUUGUUGGAUUUUGAACUCUCACGACCACCCCCUUUCAUUCAACCGAUGUUCGAGGAGUGCUUACAAGUUCAUGCCUCCUCUUGCCUAGUUACAUUCUCUAAGUGCAGUCCACAUAACGCGCCUACAGUGAGUGACUGAUCUCAUGAAUGUUGGCCGAAAUCCUGAAAUGCGUUUUUGACAAGGAAGCAUUAGUUAGGUGGUGCUGUUGUAUUGACUAUCAUGCAGCAUAAUACCAUGGUAUUUUUAGACUCGCCAGGAUGCCGGCCUCCGAAUGCACUUUUUUCGACCUCCUGCAGAAACCACGCUCGGUAAAAAAUGACUACUUAAAUGGCAUGUAUUUUUCACACUGAUUCUAAAUGGUCUUAUAAAUCCAAUUAUAUUUUAUAGAACACGUGCACAGAAAUAUGCUUUUUUACUCUUUUGGUAGACAAUCGCAUUGUCUUUAGAUUUUAUACCAUAAGAAAGGUUAUAUUUCAGUUUUAAAAAAGUUCUUAAUUAUGACAUUUUUAAGACCGUGCAUUGUCCAUACAUACUGCAUCGCACAUGCCCGUUUACCAAUGCUCCUCAGGAGAUGUACGCAUCCAUUGCAAAAUUUUAUGAACUCCAUAUGGUAUCUCCUUAAAUUCCUAGAGGAAUAUAUGAUUUUCUUUACGCGGAAACCAUACACCUUGUAGACUGAAGUCGCUAAACGCCAAAGCAACGGGUGAUCGGGCUCUAGAUUAUUCGAGAAUUGGGAAACUUUUCCAAAACCUACAUAUAGACUUUCUUUGUGUAUAGACUGUGAAGACAAUGUCAUUUUCUACUAAACGAGUAAAAGAAGGCAUAUUUUAUACGUGUUUUCUAUAAAAUGCAUUUAAAUUUAUAAGACCGUCGAAAAUCAAUGUGAAAAAUGAAUGCUAUUUAAGUAGUCAUUUUGUACCGAGUGUGUUUCUGUAGGAGGUCAAAAAGAAAUGCCUUCAAAAGCCAUAUAUUGACGAGUCUGAAAUAUUAUGAGAUUAUGCUGCAUGAUAAUCAAUACUACAACCCCACCUAAGUAAUCCUUCCUAGUCUAAAACGCAUUUCAGCAUUUCGACCAACACUUCAUGAGUCCGGUCACGCACUGUGCCUCCAUCAUUAAAGUAGUUUAUGUUGUUUCGUUUUGUAUUACACAAAAUUUGAAUGCUCCAUUGAGCGGUGGUUUUUAACGUCUACGCCAUAGUACCGAGCUAGCAUAUUGCACUUUCAUAAGGUGGGUAAGUUAAAAACUGCAUCUUUAGGUGAAACACUACCCGCUGGUGAUUCUGCUGAAGUCUGUCUAGGCAUUUUCUCUUUACCCUGCAGUUCACAUAUUGAUUGUUCCGUAGCGUAGUGCAAAAGGUCUGUUUUGCUCAUUAGAGUCCCAGGGUUCGAGUCUCGCUUUGUCCACACUUCUUUAACGAUGCCUAUGAGCCAGUGACUACUUUUUAUAAUGGCAGGCUGUUGGUGGUAGAAAACUCGCCCAGGGAAUCGGAUGUGGCAGGGUUUACCUUCCUGACAUUGUUGGUAGGUGCGAAGUCGGGACGUCGGUGAUUCGACUGCGUCGAGCAACACGCACAUUUCCUGGCUGUGGGCUGGCUGGGCUGUGGUCUGUCAGGUUUGUUUGCAAAAAAAUUAUCCUCGACUUGUGAAUCUAUUACUGUAUUUGUUAGAGACCAUCAUUGCAGCCUAUACCAGCACGUCACUGAUGGGCGACCACUCCAGGCAUUUGAUCUCAAAAGUACCAUAGGUUUCUUGUUUUGGACACCAAAUCUCAGGGGUUAACAUCUCCCGAAAUAUGGAGGGAGAUAUAUGCCAUGAGCUUACUGAAGCCUCCAGUUCUGAUAAGAAAUCUGCUAGUCGGCAUACUGACCUCCCACCCGCGUGCACCAUCCUGCAAAACCGUCUUCAGACAGGCCGUUGUUUCCCUCCCUAUCUUUCUCCUCCUUACAGGUGCCUGCGAUUUUUGUGUCCAAAGUCGCCGACAAUUCGUUCGAUCUGCCUGAGGCUACCGUUUUGAUCCAGAUCAGCAUGCACGGCGGCAGUCGACGCCAGGAGGCCCAGCGACUGGGCCGAAUCCUGCGUGCCAAGCGUGGAAUGGAUGCCGAAGCCUAUAAUGCCUUCUUCUAUUCGCUUGUCUCACAAGACACCAUGGAGAUGCAGUACGCACUCAAGCGUCAGCGCUUUCUUGUUAAUCAGGGUUAUGCGUACAAGGUGAGCUCUCCACUUUCCCUCUACUUGCUGUUUUUUCCCGAGUAACCACCCUUUUCGACGCGUAAGUCAAGCCUGGACUACUUUUGCUAUUGAGUGGCAAAAAAUUGCUUCUCUCUGCGUCGUAGGGACUCAAUAAGUCCACACAAAUGUCCGGUUAAGCCAUGACUCUUAGGCCAGCCGCCGCGUAGGAUGGUUCGCUGUAGUUAUUCAAUUCAGGAGUGAGAUUUACUUUGACGUAAUUACUUCUACGACGAGUGAAGUUUUUAUUGGUUGCCGACUUACCAGCUUAGCAACAGGGCACGCAUGAAAGUACAGCCAUUGCAUAGUCAGAUUCGUGAGCCAACUUGUUUCGUACCUAGCCUUCGUUGAAGUGCAGUUUACUUUCUGCUACCGGUGGAUGCCGUGGAUAGCCCAUUGACAGAUUACCGAGCAAGCCUUUCCUCUUGUGAGGUUGUGAUCGUCCUGAUGCCGAGGUAAAUAGUACUUUGUUGUCCCUCUUUUCCUUGGCUGACCACUGGACCGGACCCAUGUGGGUGAGGGAUGGGGGAGUGCAGUAGAUGCAGUGCAAGUCCACUAUCACCACAAACUAAUUCGAUCGCGUGUCACCACACUGUGCCCUCUAUGCUAUACGGUGUACAUUGUCAUUUUUGAGAGGCGAACUGACAGGGUUAGGUCGACACCGGCGCUAGUAAUUCUUCUAGAAAUCCUAUUCCGUGCUUAUGGUGUAAGUUUGGGUAUGUAGGGUGACCAACUAUAUACUGUGACACGCAACCGCUGCCAUUUCUCGUUCUGCGUCAAUCUUCCUGUUGGGGGAACUAGACGGCUUUCCUCGAUAUAAUCCAGUGCAUGUUCAUGGUGACUAUCGACUACAAACAUUCACAGCGACUUAGAAGUUGUAGCUUAGAAGGUUUCUAAUUUAGAGGCUUCACAAUCUUUUAUAGGUGGGCCAGGUUACGAUAGUUCCUCUUCAUGCGGCCCCGAUGACAGGAUGCAAUAGAAAGAUGUGUUCAGCCGGGGGCGCAUGGACGCCUCCCCCGAGUAUUCGUCUUGACUGAGUCUAUUUGCAGGCAGUACUUUAACAAAACCACUCUAAUCUCCGGGUGUCUUGAUCUGGUCUUGCCACGGGAGCAAGAUGCGAUCCGAGAGGACAGUGGGAUUGAUGUUGUACAAGGCAACGCUGUCCUUCCAGCCAGUCUUGGCGCCCAUCAUAGGUCACAAAUAAAUAAUCGUGUAAACGGCCCUCUCCUCAACCUAACGGCAAGCAGCCUUGUCCGGCGGGAUCUUUAGGCUCAGUCGACCGUUGGGACAGCCCUGAGGAAUUCUUUUCUUUUGGAGUCUCCCACCUCCUCCAGGCACGUCAACCGGAGGCCAUACACUUUGAAAAGUCCCGCCGCCUUAACAAGCUCAAACUCCGAAAGAAAGCAACUAUCCACCCACCACCAGCCUGAACGAAGAAGAUGGACUGGCUUCCUAAUAUGUAGCCACUGUUGACGAUCAUGCUCCGGACUAAGGGGCUUUUCCCCAACUUUCCCAACGACCUCCCCGAAUGAACACUUAUAGGCCCAGCGGUGCUUCAGCCAAGGUAGGGCUUACAGAUGGAGGCACUGGCAUCCUAAUCACCGUCAGCACUCCAGCGAAAUCCACUGCCGUGAAAAGACCGUCUGCACGCAUUUUGCUGGUCCUCCUAUCAGGCUGCUUUGCGGGCAAGGGGAUCCGCACUUCGCAAGGUGGCGGAAUCUCCGCCGUUUCAACUAGCAAAUCAGGCAGAAGAUCUAAACCUGCGUUCGCUCUGUGUGUCGAUGAAACAGACCAGUGGGGAGCAUCCCCUACAACCUCGCGUCCAGGUGACUGCGACGCACAACAAGGGCGGCUUGGCCCCUCCAUCGGUGACCGUGCCAUCGAGUCCACAUUGUGAAGGAGCCAUUGCAGGCAUACUGUCAGUUCUGAAAAGAACCAAGUUAUUCCGUUAGUUAGCAACCUUUCAAGCCAAGAUAGAUUCAAGCACGUCAGAAUUAUUUUAGUGAGGAAUUCGCUGAUGUGCCGUGGGGUGGAUCAUCCAGUGUCAGCCUAAUUCCCUCAUGCACCAGUCGAUUGUCCAGCCCGAAGAAGAUAUCCAUCGUCGGUUACUACCGGUGCGUAUUCGUGUACGUCUACUAUAUUUUGGUUACUGGGGUUAUGUUUGACCUGGUUCCCACGGUGCACUUACCGCACCUUUCUGUCUACGUGGUAGGUUAUCACGCGACUGGCCGGGAUGGAGAAUGAGCCCCUUAAACUGGUCACAAAGCAGGAGCAAGCCGAACUGCUGCAUCGCGUUCUAUCCAGCACCGACGAGGACGCCAUGGAGGAACGUCUGCCCGGAGAUCCGGAUUCAGUGUCCUCGGGGUCCCGACGUCAGCCCGCUGGGGGACAAUUUGCCCGUCGUGCCGGUCACAUGGCUUCCCUCUCCGGUGCUGACGAUGCCAUCUACAUCGACUCUUCUGCGCGGCGUGAGAAGCCGAUGAAGGAGCGUCACCCCCUCUUCAAAUUAUACAGGCGAUGA